UUCAAAUCAACUGAAUGUGGAUUGAUGCGUCGAAUCGAUGUGCCCGAAUCCCACGUCAUACCACCACACUAGUCAACACCUCUUAUUUCCACGAUAUUUACGUUACUACCCGUGCGUACGUUCUCCCGGCGUCGCUGUCUCCCCUGCCGCUCUCAUGGCGAGGAGAACCCGCGCAAGCAAGCCAUUGCCUUCUGCCCACAUCACGUCGCAUCACCAGUGUCACGGAUCCAAAGCUCCCUUCUCGCUACCCAUGUGUUCUCUCUCCUCCACAUGCGCUGCCUACACCGUAACCUUGGCCUACAAAUUACGACCCCUUCGCCUCCUCCUCCCUCUCCUCCUCUCUCGCCUUCUUCCGCACCCUCUUGUUUAGGCCGUCAGGUGGUGGCUCUACGGCAAUGCUUUCAUCGAACGAUAACGUGCUCUCUUACGCCCCGCCAGUGGUGGCGGACCGGCGGUGGAAGCCCAUCGUCGAGCUCGCGCCGAACUGCCCCCGCUGCCACUCCUCCAACACCAAGUUCUGCUACUACAACAACUACAGCCUCAGCCAGCCGCGCUACUUCUGCAAGGGCUGCCGGCGGUACUGGACCAAGGGCGGAUCGCUCCGCAACGUGCCGGUGGGCGGCGGCUGCCGUAAGAGCCGCCGGGCCAAGUCAACGAAGCCGUCCACCGUCUCUCCGGUGGCCGGCAGCAUCACAAACUCCUCACCCCCCCUCCUCCCUGGUCCGAUCCGCCCCGACCUCAUGCUGAACGAGAUGGUGAGUGACUCAUGCAUGACUCGGGCGGCGACGAUUGACGACUCGACCGCCCCCGCCGACGGAUCCGCCAUCGAUCUCCAGGCCUUAUACGCCAGGUACUCGAAUCAGCGUCCGCAGACGGAGAUAGGCCCGGCCACGGCGGAAACACAGCUCGCGGAAGGUGAUCAUGAGCCGGUGGGCUCAGUUGGAACGUCGAGCGAGUCGAGUUCAUGCAACCAGGUGUUCUCCCAGCCGAUGGAAGAAGAAGAAGAAGAAGCCAUAGCGCUACUGAGGCAGGUGGAUCUGCCAUACAACAUCGAACACUCUCGUCUGCCUUUGGAUCUAACCGGUCCUGUAGAGUGGCCAAUGCAACCUGUGACCAACUACGUAUCCCUGGAUUGUCCGAGUGGUUCAGGUCUGAUCUAUGAAGAGUUUGAAUCAUUCGCAGUAGGUGGCAUGCACCAUCAACAGAGCCCGCUUAACGAUGACUGGAGCUUACUGGACUACUCGAGUUUGGAUGCCUUCGACAGAUGCUGAUACCCAGUCCUUGUUCUUUCGUCUUCUUCUUCAACCUCUCUCUCUCUCUCUCUCUCUCUUUAUAUAUAUAUAUAUAUAUUACAGAGAUCUCCAUAUCUAAACUCCAUAACAUGUAAAGGGUAUAGAGUAUGUACACUGAUCUCUUCAACGAAAUUGUCAAGGCACUGGAUCACUCACAGGUUUGAUGA